AUGAAAAAUUUAUCUGUGUUUCCAUUUUUAACUCGUAUAAUGUACGAUGCUUCAUUGGAAGACGAGUAUUAUCGUCAAAUGAGACAAAAAUCAUCGUCGAUAUCGGCAUUCAAAGUAGGGUUGGUGGCAGCUAUGGGUGGGUUUCUUUAUGGGUAUGAUACUGGUUUAAUCAAUGACCUAUUAGAAAUGGAAUAUGUUUACACUCAUUUCCCUAGCAACAACAAAAGUUUCACUUCUCAUGAACGAUCUAUUCUUGUGGCAAUUUUAUCAUUAGGUACUUUUAUUGGUGCAUUGAUUGCACCUUUAGCAUCUGACCGAUAUGGCAGAAAAUUUUCUAUUAUGAUGUCAUCAGGACUAAUAUUCAUUACUGGGAACAUUCUACAAAUUGCAUCAGCUAGUAUUGCCCUAAUGUGUGUGGGGAGAUUUGUAUCUGGGGUAUCAGUAGGGAUCCUUUCUGCUAUUGUUCCGUUAUAUCAAGCUGAAGUGUCGCCAAAAUGGCUGAGAGGUUCAGUGGUGUUUACUUAUCAAUGGAGUAUAACUGCCGGACUUUUAGUUUCGAGUGCCGUGUGUCAAGGCACAAGGAAAAUAAAUAAUUCAGAAUCAUAUCGAAUACCUAUAGGUUUACAGUUUUUAUGGGCCCUUAUUUUAUUUUUUGGAAUGUCUUUUCUACCGGAAUCCCCACGUUAUUAUGUACAACAGGAUAAUUUACAACUGGCAUUGGAUUCAUUAUGUAAAUUACGGAAACUACCGCCUGAUGACGACGAUCUAAUAGAAGAAUUGGUCGAUAUAAAAGCUAAUUAUGAUUAUGAAUUAUCUUAUGGGAAAACGACUGUUUUGGAUUGUUUCAAAAGUGGAGGUGGUCGACAUAAACAAGGUUUAAGGAUGCUAACUGGUAUUGGUGUCCAAUUUUUCCAACAAUGUUCCGGGAUAAAUUUUAUUUUCUAUUAUGGAGUCAAUUUUUUUUCAUCAACAGGGAUAAAUAAUUAUUAUAUUAUGUCAUUCAUUACCUAUUUGGUCAAUGUUAUUUUCACAGUACCGGGGAUCAUGAUGAUUGAUGUCGUUGGUAGACGACCGUUAUUGUUUUGGGGAGGUGUUGGGAUGGCCGUGUGUAAUUUCAUUAUUGCCAUUGCUGGUGUCAGUGUUAAAAAUGAUGAAGUUAAUGGGAUUUUGUGUGUUUCAUUUGCAUGUGUUUUCAUUGCAUUUUUUGCUAGUACUUGGGGUGGUUGUACUUGGGCCCUUUGUUCAGAUAUUUAUGGUAUAUCUAUUAGACAAAAGGCAGUUGCUUUGACAGCAGCUACAAAUUGGUUAGUCAAUUUUAUUUUUGCGUUCAUCACUCCAUAUUUAAUUGAUACAGGUCAACAUACUGCCGCCAUUGGUAGUAAGAUUUUUUUCAUCUGGGGUAGUUUUAAUGCUUGUGGUGCCAUAUUUGUCUUUUUCACCGUUUAUGAAACUAAAGGGUUAAAAUUAGAAGAAGUCGAUUACAUGUAUGUUCAUUGUGAUAAUGCUAGAGUUUCCACUAAAUUUAUAUCUACGAAAAUUGAUUUUGCUCAUUUAGAUGAGAAUUAUAAUCCAAUACCAAUGACACAAUUACCAGACUCGACAUCAUCUAAUGAAAUGUACCACGAUAAAGGAUCAGAUGAGAAUUCAUCGCCUCAACAACUACCACACUACCACCAGCAACAACCAUUGUAUAAUGGCGAAGAUCAGAAUAAUUUAACAAUAAUUCCAUACGACAAUUCCCUGACAAUAUCUAGUGUUAAUUCUAUUGAAGAAAGACGAGAUUCUAUUCCAUCAACUAACGGGUUAUCUUUCACGUCAUCGUCACAAUCACAUCCACAAUCAAACUCAUAUUCUCAUUCUAAUUCACAUUCAGCAACGUAUCGAUCCAAAAGUCAUAAUUCAAUGAUAUCCAACGAUUAUCAACUGUAUUUAGAAUCAAUUCAACGAGAAUAUUCUCAACAUUAUCAAAACUCUUCGGCUAUGAUAAAACAAUUAUCUCGCAAUAGUCGAAACAAUGGGUCCGAUCAAGAGGAAAGACAUGAACCAAUACAAAAACAAGAAAUCAUUGAUAGUCCAUUGAAUAUUAAUAGUAUUAACCAUAUCAAUAAUAUACCUACUACAGUGAUAGCAACACCAUUUUUUGCUCAUCCUCCAAGUGAUUCAGAUUCGAGUGAUGAUGAAGAGGAAGAGGAAGUGGUGGUGGAACAAGAAGGGGUAAAAAUAAACGACGUUACUACUAUUAAAUAA